AUGGAGCAGGGCUGUGGGGAGGUGGGGCAGGGGGGCUGGGUGUUGGGGAACAUCAGUGGGAAUUUGGGGCCACGCACAGAUCCCUCAGUCUCCUCACUCCUUCCCCUGGAGAAAAGUGCUGCAGCUCAAAAACGUCAAGCGCCUCGACCUUUUCCUGAGAGUCAUGAAGAACACUCAACCAAUCCUUUUCUCCAGUUUAAAUGGAUCCAAUCCAACCCGCACAAGAGCACCAGUUGGUGGAGAUUCAGAAGUGGCUUCUCAGGGAAUGGGGGGGGGGCAACCAAUCGUGGACCAGAAAUCAUCCUGGUGGGAUUCCAGCUCAGUAAAGACACUGAAGUGCUCCUCUCCUGUGUCUUCUCCCUGUUAUAUAUCUUCAACCUGCUGGCAAAUGGCGUGAUCUUGGGACUCAUUUGGCUGGACCUCAGACUGCAUUCCCCCAUGUAUUUCUUCCUUUCUCAUCUGGCUAUCAUUGACAUAUGCUAUGCUUCCAUCAGUUCGCCCAAUAUGCUGGAAAACCUAAUAGUUUUGUUUGUGACUUGUGCUGGUGAAGAGUGCCUGAUUUUGGUAGUGAUGGCCUAUGACGGGUUCGUGGCAAUCUGCCAUCUGCCCCAGUACACUGUCAUCAUGAACUGGACAGUGUGCAUGCUCCUGGUCAUCGCUAUCUGGGCAUGUGGAUUUUCCCUAGCCCUAGUACAUGUAAUUCUCUCUCUAAGGUUGACUUUCUCUGGGCCCCAGGAGGUGAACCACUUCUUCUGGGAAAUCCUAUCUGUCCUCAAAGUGGCCUGUGGUGAUACUUGGAUCAAUGAAGUUUUUGUCUUUGCUGGUGGUGUGUUUAUCUUAGUUGGGCCCCUCUCCCCGGUGUUGAUCUGCUACGUGUGCAUCCUCUGGGCCAUCCUGAAGAUCCAGACAAAGGAGGGGCGCAGAAAAGCCUUUUCCACCUGCUCCUCACACUUCUGUGUGGUUGGAGUCUACUUUGGCAUAGCCCUGAUGGUUGACUUGGUCCCAGACAGUAGUCAACGUGAGGAGCAGCAGAAAAUCCUUACCCUGUUUCCACUCUUCAACCCAUUGCUGAACCCUCUCAUCUACAGUCUAAGGAAUGCUCAGAUGAAGGCUGCUUUUAACAGAGCAUUGCAGAAAAAGAGGGCAAUAUGA